AUGGUACUAGUUAUUGAAGCAAAAGCAAGAAAAAGAAUUGUGAUGGAUGUGAUGGUGGAGUGUAUGAAUACGGUGAUUAUGAUGGCAUGGAUGGUGAUGAGGAUGGGAUGGAGCAGGUUUCAGAGCUCUCCAAUUUCAUGGCCGCUGAGUUUUCUUGAGCAAGUGUGGGUGCAAUUUGUGUUCAUAUUUUUGAAGUAUGAGAUGGAGACUAUCAACGCACGAUAUGUUAUUCCUUUUGAGUACUACAGGAUUCAGCCCUUUGACCAUAAGUUGUAG